AUGUCUAACAUUAACGAGCGGACCUUCAUCGCCGUCAAGCCCGAUGGCGUCCGACGUGGUCUCGUCGGCAACAUCAUCUCCCGCUUCGAGAACCGCGGCUUCAAGCUCGUCGCCAUGAAGCUGAUCCACCCCUCCAAAGAGCACAUGCAGGAGCACUACCAAGACUUGAAGACGAAGCCUUUCUUCAACGACCUGGUCGACUUCAUGUCCAGCGGCCCCGUCUGCGCCAUGGUUUGGGAGGGCCUUGACGUUGUCAAGACCGGCCGUGUCAUGCUCGGUGCUACCGACCCGCUGGCCUCGGCCCCCGGCACCAUCCGCGGUGACUUCGCCAUUCACCUGGGCCGCAACGUCUGCCACGGCUCCGACUCGGUCGAGAGCGCUCAGAAGGAGAUUAAGCAAUGGUUCAAGGGCGAGGUGCUCAUCAACUACCGCUCUUCCGGCAAGGAGUGGGUAUACGACCUCAAGGACAAGAGGGUCAAGGUCGAGACUGAGGAGCCCGCGGCUUGCGAGGGACUCCCCGUUGACAAGCUCUAA